UUUCGAUUGAUAAAGAAACCAGACGCGUGAAUUGAACUGAGCAUCGCAGGUUGCCUCGCUUGUGAAAUCCGCAGCUUUCGCUCAAGUGACGUUUGUGAAGAACGUUGGUUGGCGCUUGUGCCGUGUGUCCGUCGCCAUCAAUCACGCUGGCUCGAUAUACGACUCUCCCAAUUCUUAAACGCAGCGGCAGAGCACACCAGAACACUAGUAGAGCGCAUCACAAAAGAAGCAGGCCGCAAUCAUGGAUAAAACAAUUGCAGCUGCUGGCAUCACCAUCGUCGGGCAUCAGAAUUCCCAUCAACAGCAUCAGAAACCAGCCAUGAGCGGUAAUAAUCCAAAUGCUGUUCCUGUACCCGCGAAGGGGCAGGGGCCAAAUCAUGAGGGGAAUGUUCCCGUCACUUUCAGAAUUGUGCAGCAGAAGGGUCAUGCGGCUGCUUCCCAUACUCACGCUCAGACUCACGCUACUGCUGUCCCGGCGGCGGCGGGCGACAACGAUAUUCGCAUUGUCAAGCCUGAGGAGUACAAGGAGGCGGCUGCGUGCCUGGCUGAUGCCUUUGCUGAAGACGAUGUCGCGCGCUACUUCAUUGACGUCCCAGACCGCGAGCAUUGGUCCGAGGCGGACAAAUGGCAGCUCCAUGUUGACAUUCUCGAGUACGUGACUUACGCGCAUUGUCUCAAGGGACUCGUGACUACGGUAGGCGAGGGCUAUGGUGCCGUUGCGCUCUGGAUGCCCCCCGGCAAAAACAUGGACGACUUCAUGACCAUUCUCCGUAGCGGCAUGUGGCGCCUGAAUUACAGACUCUCUGCUGAAGGCAAAAAGCGCUUCUUCAACGAGUUCCUCCCCCUCCUCCACGAUACCAAGGCCGGCGUCCUCGGUGACCGCGACGAUACGUCCUGGUAUCUUGUCUACCUUGGCACCCGCCCCAGCGCGCGCGGCAAAGGAUAUGCCCGCAAGUUGGUGGAGCACGUGACCAAGGACGCGGAUCGUGAUGGGCUGCCGUGCUACUUGGAGAGCAGCAACCCCGUGAAUCCGGCGAUCUAUCGGAAGCUGGGAUUUGAGGAGAGACGCAGGAUUCACCUGCAGAGGGCAGAGAAGAACGUCGAGCUGGAUAUUAUGGUUAGGGAGCCGGUAGGAAAUUGAGGAUCGAACGAAUGCGCAGAUACGGGAGGGGGAUUGAGGAAGGGUCGAACACCAUUCAACAGGUGAGGGACUCAUGGUGUGAUUCAGACGGAUGUUCUUCUUUUGGCUCUUUGGAGGGGACGGAGAUAUUUCUUCAACAGAAAUUGUGCGGUUAUGAGGUUCAUUCUCUUUCCUUGUUACAUUCAUUUAGACCACGGAUUCGAGUAGGAUGAUAUGAUGAAAUUGAUUGAAUACACGGCGCUGAUUCCUACGGAUGCGACCGUCUAUCCCGUUAUAAUUGUCCCCCUUGUA